AUGUUACUUUUCCCCGGCGAUGUCGUUCCGGAGCUUCCGACCCCACAGAAGGCAAAUACAGCUUUAAAAGUCGGGCCGGGAUUGACUUAUACCCCACCUGACAAGGUCGUUGCGCACAGGGUUGGAGAGCUUCAUGUCGAUGAUAGGAAAUGCGCCGUUUGGAUGGAAGGAAAUGGGAAGAGGUAUAUCCCUUCACUCAACGACGCAGUUAUAGCUACUGUCCUCAGAUCCACAUCUGACUCCUACAUACUUGCUAUUCCUUCUUCCACCUCGCCUGCCCCCGCUAGCGUCCAGGCCCUUCUCCCACAUCUUGCAUUCCCGCAGGCUACAAAAAAGACCCGCCCAAUCCUCCACCCAGGAUGUACUGUGUAUGCACGAGUUUCUUUAGCCAACAAGCACAUGGACCCAGAGCUGGAAUGCUACGACGCAGAAUCACAGAAAGCUGAAGGAUUCGGCGAGCUGAAAGGUGGCAUGGUCUUCAAUGUUUCACUGGGGAUGGCUAGGAGACUCCUGGGAGACGGGAAGAAGAUCAGACAGCUACAGUUGAGAGCACGCAAAGCAGAAGGAACUGAGGCCGAAGGCGGGGAAAUCUCCAACGGUAUGGAAGUGCUUGAGGAGUUAGGAAGAGUACUGGCCUUUGAGAUUGCGGUGGGCAGAAACGGAAGGGUGUGGGUUGACAGUGAGGAUACAAAGGAGAUGAACAGAGGGUAUUGGUGA